GGGCUGAACCGGGAGUGAACAUGGCGAGCAUCCCGACCGAUCGCGGCUCCGCGGAGAACUCCGGGGAAACGGAGCCCAGCGGCCCGGUUCGGGCUUCGGCUAGAUGGGGCCCACAGCACGCCGGAGCCCAGGAGCUCGCCCAGCUGUACUCCCCAGGUAAGAGAUGUCAGGAAUGGAUCAGUGUGGUUCUGUGUUUUGCGCUCAUGGCCUUUAAUUUCUUCCACCUCCUCGCCCACUUCCACCUGGGCCAUGUCUGGUACAUCGUCCUGGGAAUCGUGGCUGGAAUCCUGACUGCAGACUUUGCGUCUGGGCUGGUCCACUGGGGCGCUGACACGUGGGGGUCGGUGGAUUUACCUAUUUUUGGAAAGGCGUUCAUCCGACCGUUUAGGGAACACCACAUCGAUCCCACAGCCAUCACACGGCACGACUUCAUCGAGACGAACGGGGAUAACUGCAUGCUGACCAUCGUCCCUCUGGCUAACAUGGCCUUCAACUUCCUCACCCUCACGCCAGGGGAGAUCUAUCACACCUACCCCUUGUACUGUUACCUGUACGCUCUGGCCAUUUUUGUGACGCUGACCAAUCAGAUCCAUAAGUGGUCUCAUACGUAUUUUGGGCUGCCCCGCUGGGUAACACUGCUGCAGGACUGCCACAUCAUCCUCCCCCGCAAACACCACCGCGUUCACCACGUAUCUCCUCACGAGACCUACUUCUGCAUCACCACAGGCGUGAAAGUGCCGCGGAACUUCCGGCUGCUGGAGGAGCUGGAGGAGGGGCAGAAGGGGGUGGGAGAUGGAACGGUGAGCUGGGGGCUGGAGGACGACGAGGACAUGACCCUCACCCGCUGGAGAGGCAUGAUCAUCGGCCCACCGCGGACCAUCUAUGAGAACCGGAUGUACAGCCUGCGAGUUGAAUGUGGUCCCAGAUAUCCAGAAACUCCUCCGUUCGUGCGCUUUGUGACAAAGAUAAACUUGAAUGGAGUACACAACUCCAAUGGUGUGGUGGAUACAAGGGCAGUGUCCUCCUUGGCGAAGUGGCAGAACUCCUACAGUAUUCGGGUGGUGCUGCAGGAGCUCAGACGACUCAUGAUGUGCAAAGAGAACAUGAAACUACCACAACCGCCUGAGGGACAAAUAUACACCAACUGAGACUUUACUGCAGACACACACACACACACCACAUCCUCCGUCUGUCCGUCUUUAGCUCUGUUUUUUUUGUCUUCUCAUUUGUAUGCAUCCUUUCAUUUCUCCCUCUGCUCACCUUCUCGUCAUCUCCGUCGUCCUUGAAUCCACCAGUGCACAUACCUACUCUCUUCUUUUCUCUCUCAAUCUCUUACACACACACACACUCGCACACACACACACACUCGCGCACACACACACCAUCUGGAAAGAACUCAUGCCUCAGCUUAAGCCACACCAUGACCUCUACCUGUUUUCUCAUUUUUUGAACUUGAGUAGACCACCGGAGUUGACGCGUGGUUGUUUGCGUGAUUUGUCUUAGCUCAGAUCAUUGGAAUACUGUACAUCUUACUAAUCUUUUUUAUUAUUGUUUGUUAUAAAUUCAGAUUGUACAAUAACAUAAAUAAGAUUAUGGCGUGUGACCUGUG